ACUGGUGCACACAGUACAGAGAAAAAGAAUAGGCCUAUAUUUUCUAACUAUUUUAAUCGUGUUUUCUAAAAGAAUAUAAAAGAAUUUGUAUUGCCCAAUUUUAUUACGAAAACUUAAUCUAAUAACGUUUGACACUUCUACUUUUCCAAAUAUUUAUCUUCCAGUUUCACGCUUACCGUCAAUCAAGGAUUUAUUAUCCUUUAAGAUGAAUCCAGUGACAGCAAUAUCAGAACUUAAGUGUGAGGAAUAUAUAGCCGAAAUUGCGGGUACAUCUUUCAUAACGGUUCUGACUGGUUUAUCGGACGUGCGCAAGGUGAUUAAUACCUGCGGGAAUGCGAAUCGUUUGGUGGUUGGUGGUACCGAAGCACGAGUUGACGAGUUCCCUCACAUGGUUGCUCUAGGUAAACGCAAUUCCGACGAAUUUGAAUUGCGCUGCGGUGGCACGCUAAUUUCACAUAUCUGGGUGAUUUCUGCUGCGCAUUGCACUCAUGGAACAGACGGUGGUGUAACUGACGCAAGGAUAGGCUUUCAUAGCUUGACAGAUCAAAAAGGCAUCACGACUGUCAUUAAAGACAUAAAAACUCAUCCGGAUUACAAACCACCCGCGAUAUAUGCGGAUAUAGCUUUGUUACAGCUCAUGACCCCCGUUACUUUUAGCACAUCUAUACGACCCGCGUGUCUUUAUCAGCGUUAUGAUAUAAUGCCCACACAAGCUUGGGUAAGCGGCUGGGGUAAUAUUCAAUACGGUGGAGAAUUGAGCGACCGAUUACAAAAGGCUAAGCUGGAUAUAGUAGACAAUUUGUCGUGUACAGUGCGGCAUAACAAUUCUACAGAAAUUCCGUAUGGUAUUACACCAAGUAUGAUUUGUGCUGGUGGCACACUUAAGGACACUUGCCAAGGAGAUUCCGGUGGUCCUCUACAAAUACUCGAUUCUGAAAGCGAAUGCCUCUUUCAAAUAAUUGGUAUCACUAGUUUUGGUCAGGGUUGCGCGACGAUCGGCAUUCCUGGUGUUUAUACUAAAGUGUCGCAUUAUCUUUCAUGGAUUGAAAAUAUUGUCUGGCCACAAGAAGAACAACCGUAA